UAAAACAAAACUAGUUCUUCCACACCCCUUUGAUUCAUCAAUGGCUGUCUCUGCGUCAUCCCCAGUUGCUUACCUUGCCAGAAUCGAACAUUCCAAGUUUUCCUCAAAAAACCCCAAAUUCAACCCCUUUUUCCCCGCUAAAAAGCCACUAACAAUCGUAAACAUGGCUCCCAAAAAGAAGGUAAACAAGUACGAUUCCGGUUGGGAAAAGCAAUGGUUUGGAGCAGGGAUCUUCUACGAAGGAAGCGAAGAAGUGGAGGUGGACGUGUUUAAGAAGCUUGAGAAGAGGAAGGUUCUGAGCAACGUUGAGAAGGCAGGGCUGUUAUCCAAGGCGGAGGAGCUUGGACUCACCCUUUCGUCCAUAGAGAAACUUGGCGUUUUUUCCAAAGCCGAGGAGCUAGGGCUGCUCAGCCUGUUGGAGAAGGCGGCCAGUGUAUCCCCUUCAACGCUGGCUUCGGCGGCACUGCCAGUUUUAGUGGCGGCGCUGGCGGCUGUAGUAAUUAUACCGGAUGACUCGGUAGGGCUAGUGGCGGUGCAAGCGGUGUUGGCUGGGGCACUUGUUGUUGGUGCUGCUGGCUUGUUUGUGGGGUCGGUUUUAUUGGGUGGUCUACAAGAAGCGGAUUAAUGUUCACAUAUUUCAUUGCAUGU